GCAUAGUGGUGACGGUCUUGCCGAGAUGAUAGUGUACUAUGGGGAACACACACGCGAAGCCCCAUCCUAAACCAAGAAAUAAAAAACAAGUACACUGGAAGGCUGCAGAUUAUGCAGAAUUGCGAGAAAAAGUGGACAAAUUAAUCCAUCCAGCGUCUAGGAGUUGUGACCGCCCCUCCCCGCCCGGCAAGCCCCACCUCUCCGACAACGACCUCACCCCCGACCUUGUGACCAUCGCCUGGUCUAAGCCAAUCCGCGAUGGCGGCUCGCCAAUCACCGGCUACCUCGUCGAACACCGCCGUACCGGCUCCCCCCACUGGGUCCGCGCCACGCCCCUCCUCGUCCCCUUCCCCGAACUCACCCUCAGCGGUCUCGAGCCCGGUUGGCGCUACCAAUUCCGCGUCCGCGCCGAAAACGGCGUCGGUCUCUCCGAACCUAGCGACAUCUCUGAACCUUUAACUGUAACUCUGCAAAAAUUCGCAAUCACUGCACCGAAAUUUACUGAAGAGCUCAAAGACGCAACUGCUCUCGAGAAUGACAAGGUUGAGUUUGUUGUGCACUUCUUGGGGCAACCGGCGCCGAAGAUUUGCUGGUUUAAAGACGGGUUUGAGAUUUUUAGUAGCAGGAGGACUAGGAUUUUGACGGAGAAUGAUCGAAGUGUGUUGACUAUUCACCAGAGUGCGCUGGCGGAUGAGGGCGAAAUCAAGUGUACUGCGACGAAUAAGGCGGGGCAUGCGUCCACGAAGGCGAGACUAACGCUGGAAGCCCCUCCCAGUAUUCGACUACCGAGACAAUACGAAGAUGGGUUGUUGUUCGAGAUUGGAGAAGUUAUUAGGUUGAAGGUUUCAGUAGCUGGAAGGCCGACUCCAUUGGUUUUUUGGAGCCAUGAUGGAGAAUCGAUUCAAAAUAACGACCGAUAUGAAAUCGAGUACGUCGAUAAGUGUUCAGUUUUGAAAAUCGCUGAAGCGACGAGAGGUGACCGAGGGGAGUACCAGAUUAAGGCUGUCAACAAGAUUGGGGAAGAUUUGGCCUCGUUUUUGGUCACCAUCACCGACAAGCCUUCACCACCAGGCCGGGCGAGGGUCGUGAUGACCCUAGGACGGUCAGUGACCCUCUCCUGGAGCACCCCCGACGACGACGGGGGUUGCAAAAUUGGAAAUUACAUCGUGGAGUACUACAGACUUGGGUGGAACGUUUGGCUCAAAGCUGCCACUAGUAGACAACUCACCACAAUCCUAGGGGACUUAAUCGAAGGAAGCGAGUACAAAUUCCGGGUCAAAGCCGAGAGUCCAUACGGGAUUAGCGAACCCGGAGACGAAUCAGACAUUGUUUUCAUCCCUGACCCCAAAAGAGGGAUCACUUCGCCCCAAGCGCGCAGUCAAAGCCAACCUAAGGACAUCAUCGAUGAAAUCACGUCAGUCCCAAUUGCAGCCAAAAGACGACCAAAACCCCGAUCACAAUCAUCCAUAGCUAAAGCAGAAGCCUUCACAAACUACUACGAUGAAACGCCCAAACGUCCAGAACGAAACAAAAUUAAAAGUCCUCCAAAAACCCCAGAAGCUUCACCCAGCCCAGUCCGAAAGGACGUCAGUCCACAAACAAUCCUCGAUCGGGCUUCCCUAGCCCGUGAUUUGGCUUACGGCAGCCCGGAACUUAAAAUGAAGAAAACCGAAGAGUUACUACAACCCACUUUUGGGAAAAAUUUACCAGAAAAGACAAAUAGUCCUCUAGCACUUGAAACCAAAAGUCCAAGUCCGCCAAAAUCGAGAACUCCAAGUCCUAAUUUUACACCAGAAGAUAAGAGCAAAACUCCGAGUCCGAAAGACAAAAGGAGUCUCCUUCGGGAAAAGUCGGAAGAGAGUUCAGAGUUUAUGCUGGUGUUGUAUCCGGAUGCUAAUGAAAAAGGUCGUCGAAGGUCCAGUCAAAAUUUCGAGUUCGACUUCAACGAGUUCGAUAUUCCGCCACCACUGUCUCUCUCAGCUCCUGAGCUAGGCGCAGAACCCCCUGUUUUCGAAAACUUGAAAACAUCAGCGAGUUCCACUGAGUUGUUGCACGAACGUGCCAUGAUGAGAUUUAACGAAGCUGCAGCCGCUGAAGAAGAAGAUUUGAAGAAAAGAAGAAGGUUCAGUUAUGACGGACAACACAACAUCGAGAUUCCCAAAAUCCAAAUCAAUUCUAAGGACGAUCAGGAUAUUGUCGGUCUAGAGCGGAAACCUUCUCGCAGAAAAUCUUCAGGAAGUGUGGUCCAGCAGCAACUACUCUGGGCCCAGAAACGGUUCAGUUUGAAGAAUUCGAACGAUUUGAAUGAAUUUAUCGAAACGAAAUUGCAAAAAUUGCCGAGGCAAAAUUCAGACACUGACACCCCAAAGAAAGAAAUGAUUAGGCAAAGAUCAGAAUCUGAAGAGCGAGAGGAAGAAGAGUUUAAUCGAGUUAGGGCACAAAUGGGUCUACAAGGACAGUCCAGUUUUGAAAAACGAAGCAUUGAAGUGGUCGAUGAAGAUAAGUGGUUAGAGGAUUACGAAGAAAGUUUAUCAGAGUCGGAAACAGAAUCUGAAGAUGAACGGGAUUUCGAUAUCCAACCCCCUACCCGAAUUUACAGCGAUGAAGAAGAAACGUACCAUCCGGGAGCUAUGACGACGCCCCGGAAACCCUCAGUGAGUGACGAACCGUUUGAAAUUUUAACCAAAAGGAACAAACUUCCGGACCCGAAUUUCGUACCAAAGCCCAUUUUGAAGAAAACUGAAGAUAAAGUAGAACCACCAAAGCAGGUUCCAAGUACCAAAGUCCGGUCACAUUCACCCAUGCCUCAGUUUAGACAAGAAGUGACUAGAGGGCGCUCGCAAUCUUUGGCUCAACCACCACUAGAAUUGUCAAAUGGCAAAAAUAAGAUUUUCCAACGCUCGAUUUCUCUUGUUGCUGAUGAAAAUACCGAACCUGAAAAAAUCUCCCCAACACUUCAGGCUGCUCCAGGCCGGAAUAUUUCAGCAGUAGCGACUCUUUGCGGUAUUACUGCUGCUAGUAUUGUCAUACCAGAGAAACUGCUUCAGAAGAAGAAUGAUGAAGAAGAGUCAAAAGUUGUGGUGGAUCAUUAUAUGGACAUUGUGAGGAGUUAUGGUCAAAGGAAGAAGAGUAAUCCGCAAAUAAUGCCCCAGAGCUGGAGAGAAACAGAAGAAAUGAAACCAGAAGUGAAAACUUGGAGUACCACUAAUGAGGAAAACAAAGGAGAAGUUGACAUUGAGAGAAGUUAUAGUCAAAGAAAGAAGAGUAAUCCUCAAAUAUUACCCCAAAGUUGGGGGGAGGCAGAAGCAACGAAAAUUUGGAGUACUACCAAUGAAGAACAAGGUGAACAGCCAAUGAAAUCUCAAGAAAUAGAAUCACCACCCAAAACACCCCCACCUGAAAGGAGCCCCUCUCCACAAAAAGCUCCCCCAAGCCAGCAAAGGGGCCGAACCAUCAAUCAUAAACCUCGUAGAGCUUCCAGUCGUUCUAAAACCCCCUCUCGGUCCCCUUCUAGACUUGAAAACUGGUCAGGCCGGUCUCAACGCAAAACCAGUCCUUCCCCCGUAAAACGCAAAACUUCACCUUCUCCCAUGAAAGUCAGAAAAUCGCCAUCACCGAUCCCACUAGCCAAACCUCGACCCAAAUUACGCGAAAUCAUGACUCAGACUUCCAUCGGUUUGGAGCUGAACUAUUCCAGCGAUUCCAGAGCUUCAACGCCUCACGACAGGAGGCAAGAGGAGCUUUUGGCCAAAGCUGAAGUCAAAGUUCGAAGCUUUGUUGAUUAUCUCACUGAUCUAGCGAUGUUCUUUGUGGCUUGUUGGUUGUAUUUGUUCAGCAAUGAACUUUUGGCGAUUCCUGUUUUGUUAGUCAUGGUUUAUAGACAGUUGAAGAAUGAGAUUGGGAGAAGGAUACCGCGAUGGAUUGUUAGACGAUUUAAUAAAAAGAAAGCAAAAAAGUCAUAAAACAUGAUUUGGUUUUUUAUUCGUUCCUAAGUGUCCAAUUUGCACGGUUUUUUCUAUUGUUUGUGUGCGAUGUUAUGAAAUCUAUGACUUCACUUAUCUAACUUUAAUCAGUGAUUGUAUUUUCUUACAUUUUAAGCGGUGUAAAUAAUUUUUAUCAAACGAAAUGUAAUGGUUUAACUGACCUUUAAUAAAAUAAAACUUAUCUGUU